AUGAAGGCUUCUUUGCGGCUGAGCCAAACGGCUCACUACUCCCCCAAGAAGGGCCCUCCAAUGCUGCUCGAUCACGACCGCCGCAAACGAAAGCGGCAAAAGACUGAUGAGCAGAGGCCUUCUAUUGCCCGGGCUGGUGCUGCUUCAGGAAGAGAGAAACACUCAACGCUUUCGGAUUCUCUGACUGGUGGCAGCAAUAUCCCUUCUUCCCAGUUACCAGAAGGAUUUCCGAGAGAACUCGUCUUUCGAUCUCUGGCUGCUUACUCGUUUUUGCGGACUCUGAGCCGAGAGCUGCGUCUGUCGCCCUUUACGCCCAACGCAUUUCUGCGAGCGCUCUCUCUACCAAUUCCAACCAAACUUUUGGGACAAAUACACUCCAGCCUUCUUAGAAUCCUUCUGGCCAGUCUUAACAUGGGGUACCACUGCAAACCAAAUGGUAACAAUAUUCCUUCUCUUGUUUUCAAGAAGAGAAGGGUAGAUGGGAUUCGAUGGCCACUCAGGGCGGGGGACAACUUGACGUUCAUGGAUAACUUUACCUGGCCUUUGUUCUUUGACGAUUAUGUUCACCUCACUGCUGAUGUUCUAUGGGCCAGCCUCAAUGAUGAGGAUAAUCACGUUGACUUCAAGAAUAUUGGUAUGCCAGAUACUACCGGAAUGCCAACGGAGGAUUUCGAAUCGGACGAAGAGGAAAAACAAAGUUUUGAUGACGACGAAGAGGAUUCACGCAUGAAAAUACCGGCAAAAGUUCUACAAUCCGUGGGUGGAGCUACGUCCAGAUCCAAACGCAGGAAAAAAAAACACAAGAACCAUUCUUAUGUCGAAGCCGACUCUGAUGAUGAUAGCUUCUCGGAUCAACCAGUAGACGACGACGAUGAAGAAUUUGAGCAGAACUCUCGCCGAUCAACACGCAAAACCAGAAAAAAAACUGCGACAACAAAAAGGUCCAUGGUAUUGCCGCUGCACGGACACAGACAAGGAGCUACUAUAUUCAAACAAACCACUCGUCCCAUCCACUCUGCGGCAUCGCUGCCACGUGGGGCUACAUCGUAUGGUUCUGGAAGAUCACCUGGGGUCAUUGGGACUGGUGUCGGGUUUCAGGUGCACAAUGGCAUGGCAAACAGAGCAAACCUUUCUCCGUCUAUUAACAACAACAAUGGUUCCCCAAAGAAACGACCAAGACCGUUACCUACGGCAAGUCGGGCAAGAAAAAACUUGUUGCCACUACAAAAGAGCUCACCGUCAAAGCGAAGUCCCGCAACAUUAUCACAAACCUCUGGUGGCCCGCCCAUGAAAACGGCAAAACUAUCUCAGUCCGGCUCCAAGGUAGAAUGGGUAGAAGGGCCCAUGAUGCCCCAGAAUAUUGGACCGAACCAGCAUGCUGCAAUGGCUUGUGCUAUUGGUGCUUUGAUCCCGAACGGAAAUUCUCUGGUUGGCCUCGGCUUUCAAAUGAACCCAAACGUUAACAUACGGAACUUGGCAGCCCAGUUGGCAAGACCAAGUCUUCCUCUAGCUGCGCAAAUGGCUUCCUUCGUUCCGGCAACGCUGGCGUCAAUGCAACAGUUUCAAAACGCAUCAACGCAAUUUGCAACGCAACAGCCCCUUGAAAGUGCACAGUCGGGCCUUCAAGUGCCUGCAACGCAAAAGCCAAAGAACACUUCCGUCAACAACAACAACAACAACAACAACAACAACAACAACAAUGUGCUCCCUAGCUGCUUGCAUGAUUUUAUUGCCGGAAAGCAUUUCAUCACAAAGCCAUCCAUGGAUGUGACGCAACAAUCGACUCCUGCAGCUUCCUUCUAUGGAAGUACUCCCAUUGAGGUUUCAAAGGCUCAAUUGAAGGUUCCAGCUGCCAAAUGUCAUUCCAGUGGCGAGACAGUUUCUGCAGAAUCCCCGCUGCCACUAUUAUCUUCGUCUCCAAGGGUUGCACUAGAGGCUGAACAAAAACACAACGCAGGAAAUACAAGCAAGGAAUCGUCUUCGGUGCCAGCACCAGCACAAUCCUCCAAUGGUGCCAAUGGCUCGAAUAUUGAGCAAUGCCUUGAUGUAGUAUCCAGCGUUGAUGCUGUGGCUUCGGCACCGACAACCCUGCAGCCUUCGACUCAAGCAAGCACUGCUUACGCUAAACAAGAAAGCGACGCGGCAACCCUACAGACACCUGCGGUGCGUGCAGAAAGCCAAGACUCGAAAGAGCGUUCCCAGCAUGCGCCUGCUAUAGCAGUCCCUCCGAAUUCAGCCGCUGUCAAAAGCUGUGAUUCCCAUUUGGAUCGCGUCGCCAGUGGCAGUAACGAUGCGCUUCCGCAACGAACACCUCCGCUCGCUGUCGAGGCCAACAUUGGAAAACCUGCACAAGUGGGAAGUGUUCCGGCUGUGACAGCUCAUGAUGGGAAACAGGAUGAACGCGCUACUAAAUCCCCAAAGGAAGGAAAUUGGGACUUCACGAGCACGACGAAGUCGGCGGACCCAAUUGUGACCAAAUCAUCACCGGCUUAUGCUGACGACGAGGAGCAGUGGCCCCACUUUGGGCCAGUGAAGACGAUGCGUUCAGGGGUUCCGUACCACCAAUUGCACAUUGAGGAAAAAUUGAUCAUUAUGGAGUACCUAAUCGAUGAAAUUUUAACGGUGAACACGAUCUCGGGAGAGUUCCUUCGAAGGAGUAUAAAGGCGUUUGGGAGACGACCUUAUGGGUGUCUUCCGUCAAUUGAGGAUUUCGAGGUGCUAGACAAUCAAGACGAAUGUUCCAUUUGCAGUGGCGAAGGUGAAUUGCUGUGUUGCGAUGGCUGCGUAGGCAGCUACCAUCGCGGCUGCAUUGGAAUGAAACCGAACGAGGUUCUUCCAGAGGGAAGAUGGCUUUGCCCCGAGUGUAACUUGGUAGAUUCGGCAAAAUUUGGGGAUCUGACAGGGGGGAGGAAAUGCUCGCUAGACUGGUUCACGAUGUCGGACAUCAAAGCUGCACUUCGGACCGGAAAGGCAAGGCAUUUUGGUCCAGAAGCGCCUGCAGAAAGCGAACGCACGAGCGGGCUGGUUGAAUCAGUUGACGCGAUGUCGCGGCACGUGACACUAUCAAGCCAGCCAGAUGCAACGAACCCGAUAGGUUGGGCCAAAUCACACGGCGAAUUUGAUAGUGCGCCCCUCGUGGACAGUACGGAACUGCCAUCGUCUGUUCCCAGCAGAAGUGGUGACGUAGACAAGGCAGUGGUGCCGGUGUCGAUUGGUACGGGUGAUGCAAAAGAAAGGGCCAUGAAACAAAAGUUUAUGGUCGUUCACGGCUUCGUAUUAAGGCGUCGCAGCAGCGACGACCACGAUCAACGACCCGACUCCUUCGCAGACUUCGAGCUCAUGACCGAGGAAAACCUUGGCAAACUUCUCAAAAUGUUUGGUACUGGCUUGGGGUUGGCCUGGCCGUUUGCACAAGUUCCACUUAGAUCCGUGGGAGAUAUCAGUCCAGCAGUUGAACGAUCCAUGCUGCACCCAAAGGUAUUAAGUUUGGAUUCAAAGGAGAGCUAUGAUCCAUCAUGCUACAACAGCAAGUACAGGAAAGCACCCCUUCAGAAAAACAUGCUGGGAAGUGGCUUUCAAUCGAACCAAUUGGUGCUCUCGGACUUCGAAACCUCCUGCCACAGUUGCAACGUUAAGAGAGUUUCCGACCGACUAUCUUCAAGUAUGACUGGCGACAAAAGUUUGUCACAGUCACUUAGGAAGGAGACCAGUCUUUUUGACCCUUAUCAAAUGAUUCGGGAUUAUCUUCUGAAGGUCGAGCAAAUGUUGAGCAGAGCUCACCUGCUCGAUCCUCGAUGGGGGACACGUAACAAGAACCUUCAGGCCAACGUUUGGAGAAUGAACAUGAGAAAUUGCAAGUCUGUGCCGCGGCUUGCAGGAUUGUUGUUACAGCUUGUCGACGCGUGUCAUCACCGUGCAUUCCUUGUGCAGUGGUUUGCAAACGCAGGACGCAGUAAAGAAUCAGAGGCUGCUCACUCUUCCAAUGAGACAGAUACGAAAUUGCUUCCGCUGACUUCGGACUGGACACUGGAAGCAGAGAAGAGGAAACGACGAUGGGAGCGCUGUGCGAUUGCAAACGUACGAACUCUCUUGGCAGAGGAAGGCCAUGAUAUUGCAGAUUUGGUGUUUGGCGAUGAUCCUGAGUUUCAACGUGAUAGAGCUCGCCAUCGACGCAAGAGGAAGCAGCAACUACAUUCCAGUCGCCCUCCAAAUGCCAGCAAGUACUCAUCGUUGGGAAGCGGGGCCCACUGCGUUACCAUUGAAGAUCUAGGCGACGCGAAGGGGGCUACUAUUGCGAGCCCAAAGGUUAGCGCCGCUGUUGGUUCCGCUAAAGCAACGUGGAGGGGGGGCAUUGGACCUACACAAAGCAGCACGAAGUCUGCUGAUGGCUCGAGGAAGAAACGCGGCGAUAGUGAACCCCCCAUUGUGAUGCCUUUCCAACGUCUACAGCAGGCUAUUGAUCGAAGGGUGACAAAAGGGAUCCCUAACGAUCCGCAAGCCAUGUCGCCUGGUCAGAAGGAUGGCUCUACGGAAGGAAAGGGCUCUGGCCAGGCUUCCAACUCACGCCGAUCAAGACGUUCGGGUCGGCUGCAGACAAAGAAGGAAUCUGCGGACGAUUUCCUUGCAGAGACGGGUAAGGCACAGAGUUCCUUGUCAAUGGAGACUGUUAUCGAGGCACAAAAGAUGGCCAAGCUAGUGGAUUUGAAAGAGAUGUUUUCCGUGCCUGCAGCCAUCACCGGGCUAUGGCCGGUGUGCGGGAGAAUGUUGUACGAUCCAAUUGGCAGCGUAUCUCGAGCAGAGAUGAGGAGACUUGGAAGAAAGGGGGGGAUCGUUAUGGCUCAACAUGUUAGCUAUUCCGGUUCUUACGAAGUCGGGGAAGUCUCACAUUUUCAUGUGUGGCGGAAGAAAGCAGAAAACACUGCAAAUUGGGAAGAGCUGCUUCUCCUUGUUCGCGGGCUAGAAUCGUACCUUGACAAGAGCACGAUUAGCUCUUGUGAGGCUCUCGCCAAACGCACACCAUCCACGAGGGCUCAAGUUACAAAGGUUUUGAGCGGUGCGCAGAAGGAUCUCUUGACAGGCUCUGGCAACUACUUUCUUGUUCAGAAAAACAAGCAUAAAGGUAUUUGGGUACCUGCUGCAUCGAUUGAAUUGUCCCCGUUCAUGGUUGCACGAAGCGAGCAGCGUGAAAAGCAACAGAAUCAGUUCCAGCAGAAGUUGAAAGAAAAGAUGAUGGCCGAGUCCAAAGCCAAGGAGGCAGCCAGGUUAAAAGCGGCCGCGGAGGCUGCUGCUCGGACUCAAAUGUUGAUGCGGGAGCAAGCCGCUGCUCGGGUGAAGGCUGCGAAGGAGCAAGCUGAAGCCAGAGCCAGGGCAACCAGGGAAAGAGAGGAAGCAAGAGCUGCUGCCAGGGCUGCAAAGGAAAAGGCCAAAGCCGAGAAGGCGGCCGAGAAGGCUAGGGCUAAAGCUGAAAAGGAGGCAGUAAGGCAAGCAGCCCUUGCGGCAAAAGCAGCUGCCGCAGCCAAAGCUGCUGCCGAAGCCAAAGCUGCCGCCGAAGCCAAAGCUGCCGCCGAAGCCAGAACCGCUGUGAUUCACUCGCAAAACAACGCAACACCUCAGUCAAGAGGGACAACGGACCUGCAGCAAGCAACUGUCCGACUACUCGCAGCCCACACGGUAGCUACACAACAACUCAUUCGCAAUUCGUGUAAAUCUGGUCUAAAGGUUGUACCCGAAAACGAGAUCAAAAGACAACGUAUGAAGACGGCAGAGCAGAUCCAAGCGUUGUACCCAGGCAUGCAAAUCAAAGGGGAAAUACUGUUUGCUCAGCUUGCAAAAGCCGAGGCGAAGGCAGUGACGGCCGAGUCUGAUGUGAAAGGUCAGAAUCAUCAGCGUUCGACCGAUUCGAGUGGCGCGGCAAACAGAGGCCACCAAUGGCAUCAACGUCAACAGAAAGGGCAAUCGACAGUUUUCCACCAUCAUGGGUCCUCCGAAUAUUCUGCUCAGAGACAUGGGAUGUCGGCUCUGACCAGUAACGCCGCAAAUGGCAACCACGAGGUUGGGAACCAAGCUCAAUAUGAAUCACGACAUUCGUCCUUAUCAAGAGCCCAUGGUGCGAUAGAGGGACAUCGCGUACGCGUUGAACACCACACUUCCAGGCAGCAUUCAAAUGUCGAUCCCGCAAAGGCGCAAGGGAUCGCGGCAUCGGCAUAUCCUUUUGGUAACGCGCCACAAAGGACGUCUGCGGUCGGCCAAGAACCAACCCAAGGGAUGAGUUCUGGAACCUCCUAUUUUCAAAGCCACAGUUCUGCUGCAAGCACACCGAAUCCAGUUACCCACCAGAACGUUGCGCGACAAUUGGAUGCGAUCAAGACGUCACAUCGCCACGACGGUUCCGGCAACAUCGGAUGGAGUGCAAUCACGCACAACCGACAGGGCGCUUACCCUCACAAUCGGCAGGCUGCUUAUCCUCAAGCCAUGCGAGGUGGAGUGGGCAAUCAACGAGGAGGGGAACAUAUCAGUCACCACAUGUACGGAAGCCGGCAUGGCGGCGUCGGAAAUGAUGUGACUCAAGACCGGUUAGGGGGACUUUCGUUGUUGGCUAAUAGGGGUUUGCAUGACUACCAGCUGCAAGGGUCCACAGGCAGGCCCUCACAUCAACCCACAGAUCUCACAAACUCUUACAGAGGUCUAUCUGGCGGGACUGCAUCGGAUACUAAUCGAUUGCUGCAUAAUUUGGGUGGCGCGCAAGCGUUCACAAACCACAACAACAGCCUUCGUCUGAACGGCGCGAAUGGAUAUCGCCAUGACGUGCACAGCCUUAGAAACAGGGGGCGAGAACUCUCACCCCAGCCACCGUAUGAUCUGGAACCGACACCAAUUGCGGAGCAGCAGGGUGUGACGAUGCAGAACUCAGCGAGUGCUUAUGGGCACGGACAAAUCCCUUCUCUUCAGCGCCCAUCCAAUCCUCAACCUCAUCCACACCAACAACCAAACCAGCAUUUUCAGUGGUUUCAAAGAUGA